AUGGAUAACCCUCGUUAUUCCAGGAGCUCCCAGACCAGACCCGAAGGGCAGAAUCAUAAUCCACCGGCGGACACUCUCAAGAUGAAGGAGACACAGAGCUUGCAUGGAAACACACCCGACCACCGUCUGAGGCGCCGGAAGCGGGCUCUGUGGCUUCUCUCGCUCUAUCUACCGGUGCUGGUCCUCCCGUGGAUCUUUACCUGCAUUAUGAUGUUUCGUCCGGUCAUGAAGCCUUCGUACAUCAACCAAGCAGCGAAGUAUUCCAUGACCGACAUUUAUGCCAUGCAGCGCUGGAAAACCGCGACGGAUAUUCUCCAUAAUAUUGCUUCGGUUCUGGCGGUCCCCAUCGUCUCGGCGCUUCUGGCCUACGGUGCGGUCAUCUACACCCAGCGUCGUAAAGCCGGCCAAGACCUGAAUAUCCAACAGAUGUUUGCUCUCGCCGACCGGGGCUGGACAGAUACCCUUACCUUAUGGUUUGCGCUCCGGAAGCCGAGCCGGAAGCAGUCUUCUCCGUAUUUAUGGUAUGGGGCUUUGCUCAUUCUCCUGGCUUCCAUCCAGCCUCCUUUACGCCAGCUCUUAGUUCAAGACGAGACAAUAACCGUGAUCGCAUGUAUUGACCAGCCCGUAGUAAUGAUGAACGAUGACGUGACAUGCAAGGACCCGUCAAUAUGGCAGAAGGUUGUUGGCUAUGACCCGGAACCGCAGUCCCUGGAAAUAUGCCCGCAGAAUACAGUUAUCCAACGGACCCGCAAUAAGAUCAUCGAUGUCCGGCCGCUCGAUAUCCAGCCUCACCUAUGGCGAGAGGUUCACGAGCACGAUAAAUUCACACCGGAAGAUCAGGCGAAAGACACUUUCCAGUUCUACUAUGAUGAGGAAAUGUUACCGGAUGGGGUUCUGGAGAACCGCCACUACUUUGUAUCGUCGCUCAGAAGUGGUACCACAACGGGCGUCCUUCGCGAGCAUGCGAUCCGCAUGAACACCAGUGUGGAGUGCGUCAUGGACCACAGCUUUCCAGACCAUUGCGCUGGAGACAGUCCAUUUACCACGAACUUCACAAGCCCUGUUCUGGAAGUUGCAGUCUGUGGGGAGGGCAACCACGAGCGGUCACCUUGGAAGAACUCCCGGGAUAAGCAGGACAUCAAUGAGCGUCUUUGGAUGCACAUGAAGGUCAAUGCAGACACCAUCCAUCAGGUUGCGACUCAUAAGACUGAUCUACCGUCCGCCAAAAACUUCACAAUGCGCUGCGAUGCCACAUCAACGAGAGGAUGGUUUGAGCUAGGGAACUACCAGAACGAGUAUUCUUAUCAGCCAGUUCUCGGAGUUUGGCCGAGCCCGGAAGCAAUGGAGACCAAUUUUAACGACAUUGGCACCAGUCUAGAGGAGUCACCUUGGCCCAUAAAUGAAGAGCUAUCCGAUGGGUUUACACCCUACAAAACUGAAGAUGCCGUGGAUCCUUUCUCGACGUUUGAUCUCCAAACCCCUGGGCCGCUGCUGUCUGCCGCUUUGGCCCUCUUUGGCAACGGAAGUUUUCUUCACUCGGCUCGAGAGGCUACCAAGGGCCAAAAGAAACAGACCACCAUGCAGAUUUGCCAGCAUUCAUUGAUUCCCUUUAUGUCAUAUGACGAAUUUAAUGACCGGGGCCAUGAAAUGCUAAAAAACCGGUGUGAAUUUGUCUACUACCUGGAUGAUGACGAGGAUACGGAGGCUCUUUAUCUUCCGGAACUUGUUGGAGGCUUUAUGCAAAUGCUGGAUUCUCCACUCGCGGCAAAGCAGCUCUUGGAGCUGACAGCAUUCUUCGCCAACGAAGCGCUGCUGGUAACAACAGCCGAGGCAUAUUCUAAGAGCUCCAGGGAGAUAUACACUUCACCAGGCUAUACUAUUCUAAAGCCCCAAAAGUCAAUUCCAGGGUUAAUCGUCAUCACGUUCCUCAUUUGCCUUCAGGUCGCCGGGCUGUUGGUCCUAGCCAGAUUCAUCUACUCAGCGCCUUCGUGGACAUCGAUGUUCGAUGCGAAGACGCUGGCGAGAAUUGGCGCGCAGCUCCGCGAUCAGGGCAAAGAGUUGGAUAACGUCUAUGUGAGCGGGGUGGUGGGAAUUGGGGAGCGAGAGGAGCUCCACAAGCCGCGAGGGGCUGGACCGCCUAUACGAAAGCGUGUGAGGAUUCUGGCAUUAGGGGAGCCUGGGAAUAUCUCGACAUCGUCCGCUUGUGAAAGUUUAUGUUAG